AUACGGUUGGAGUAAGCGAAAGCACUAGGCAAGUCAGAAAAGUCUGAAUAACGAUGAAUCGCACUUGGACGUACGUGAUACGGCGAUAUAUAAAUGUCAAAGAUUGACUCGAUAUACAUACUUACCCUUACUCAACUCAAUCCUGAACAUUUCUUCUCCUCUCAAUGACUACAGAGCUUCCAACAUACUCGAAACAAACAUACCUACCUAUGACUGAAUCGUCACGAGGACACCUCCUCACUGAUAACCAGAGCUUGCAAAAGCUCGGGUUAGACAGCUCUGAACCUGCGAGCUGGGAAGACGGCCUACGCAGUCCUGGUGCCGAAAGUGGAGAGUGGGAGUGGUGGUACGCCGACGCACAUCUUCAAGAUGGAUGGUUCCUCCAGGUGGCCUCCUUCUACAUAACAGAAGGAGACGGUCCCAAGACGGGAAUCAUUGAUCUGAACAUCGCCAAGGACGGCAAGAAACUUUGUGACUUGCAUAAGCGCAUUGGCAGCCUCCCUGCCGAAAUUGUCGUGGCAAAAGGUCAUUGUGAUCUGCAGUAUCGUAAGAGUUACUUCCGCAGUGUCAAUGGGCUGGGUGAGUAUCACAUCUUUGUCGACCCCGAUGAGAUGGAAGGAUUCGGUUUCGACGUGGUGGUCAAGAGAACUACUCCAUCGUAUCGUCCGGGCUCAGGCCGAUGGGACGUUGAGGGUUGCCACUUCUCAUGGUUCGUAGCUGUUCCUGGCGGCCAAAUGACCGGAGAGGUCACUGUCAACAACACCAAGACCAAGGUUGAAGGCAAUGCCUACCAUGAUCACAACUGGGGCAACGUCCCGAUGGAGACGAUCCUGGAUAACUGGCUCUGGGGACGCGCUGAUGUGGGUGGGCUGUCUAUAGUUUCCGCCUCAGUGCGAUUCCGCCAAGACUGUGGUGGUCGUGAGGUCCCUCUACUCUUCGUCGUCCGCGGGAACGAGGUCCUUGUGGAUGUGAGCGACGACCAACUUGUGUGCUUGGAGGGAGUCAAGAUCGCACAGCCAGAUACAGGCAAGCCGACCAGCUCUGAUUGUAUUUACCUGGUCAAGACAACGGGUGACAACCUUGCGCAGGUUCGCUUUGACGGACAGGAGAAGGUGAUCGCGUCUUUCCCUUACCCAACUACGAGUCAGGAGUGGGAGACGUGGUAUACAAGGUAUGCUGGGUUGGUAACGAUCAAUAUCACAGAUGGAGACAAGCGGGUAUAUGUCUCUGAUCAUGGCAGCUUGGAGGUGAUGGACUUCUUCGGCCGAAGGAAGGUAUGAAGGGGAUCAUGGGCAGGAUCUUGUUUCAUCAUCAUCAUCAAAACCAGUGUUGAUGAGUUUACGACAUUGCAGAUCUAGAUAUGACUAAGGACUUAGGAACAACACAUCUCAUCUCUUUAUAUUUAACUAUGGGCUUUCAGGCUGACAGUGAAAGCUUGUGGCAUGGCCAACUCUUUUUUACUUUCCAUUUCUAUGGUACAGCUGCUCUGCACGCAAGCUAUACUAUUAUACAUACAUUUAGCUCCUGUCUACACAUCAAAAUCUUUUUCGGGCACGGCUACAAUUGAAGCUUACAAAAUUGCACCUUUAUUCGCCGAGACCAACAGUUAUAGCCACGGCUCGGCUCGGCCGCGAGUCCGGCAGCCAAUUCCGAUUCCGAGGCUUGAUAAUGUCAGAUCUCUAAUCUUCUCAUACAACAGGGAAACACUUCAGCGAAGAGUAUUGG